CCUUGAACAGGUCACAAUAUCAGGAUAUUGGAUCUAGACAUUUACUCAGUGCAGAGGCUUUACCAAAGGUUAAUGUACCCAUCCUUGAACAACAUGGAUCGACCCGAGGCUGAUCAUUGUGCUCUCAGCACGCAUCAUGCGCUCGCUCUGGCUUACUGCAUUGCUGCCCCUUGCGGCGGCCGACUGGCAAUUCAAGUCGCGCCCUGAUCUGGCGCCUCCAAGACUAAACAUCACUAUUCCGGCAGCGCCGGAUGUUGAAAAGGGAUAUCUCUUUGUUGCUCCCUUUGCAGGCUUCGCGGAUGAGGCCGGGGAAAUGCAUGGCCCUCGCCAGGCAGCUCCCUACAUCUUCCGUGAUGACGGAGAGUUAGUUUGGUCGGGUUAUGGGUAUUACUCGAUCUGGGCGACGAACUUCCAAAAGGCACGCUGGAAGGGCAAGGACAUCCUCUUCAGCUUUGAAGGAGAUCACAAUGCGGGCUACGGCCAUGGUCAUGGGCAUACGACUAUCCUGGACCAGCAUUACGAGACCAUUCGUGAGCUGCGUGCCGGGAACCACAAACUGACUGACAAGCACGAAUUCCACAUCAUCAAUGAGGAAACCGCUCUCAUUCAAAUUUAUCAGCCCGUCCCGAAGGAUCUCACUCGAUGGGGUGCAAGCCCUGAGCAACAGUGGAUUGUCGAUGCUAUCAUCCAAGAGCUCGACAUAGAAACUGGGGAGCUUCUCUUUGAGUGGUCUAGUUUGGAUCAUGUGCUUCCUGAUGAGGCCAUCCUACCCAUCAAUCCCGGGCAAGCCGGCUCUGGUUACAACUCGUCGGAUGCGUGGGAUUACUUCCACAUCAACUCUGUCGACAAAGAUUCUGAGGGUAACUAUCUCAUUUCCGCUCGCGACGCCUGCGCAGUCCACAAAAUCAACGGCUCCACUGGCGAGAUUAUCUGGCGCCUUGGUGGUGUCAAGUCCGACUUCGAUCUUGGGCCCAAUGUAAAAUUCUGCUUCCAGCAUCACGCGCGCUUUGUCUCUCGGGACGGUGAUAAAGAGGUCAUCUCACUAUAUGACAACUCUGCUCACGGAACCGAGAAUGGCCGUGGUAGUGAAGUCCACACUCAUCCUUUCUCCCAAGGCAAAAUCAUCGAGGUCAACACCGCUACCUGGAAGGCUUCGAUUGUCCAAGCAUUCCAGCCUCCAGAUGGCCUCUUGUCCAAAUCUCAGGGGAGCACCCAACUCCUCCCCAACGGCAAUGUUCUCGUUAAUUGGGGAUCCGAAGGUGCCCUCACCGAGUUUCGUCCCGACGGUACCCCUAUCUUCCAUACAUACAUGGACUCGGGUCUCUUGGGUUUGGGCGUGGAGAACUACCGUGGCUUCCGGUAUAACUGGACCGGUCUUCCCAACGAGACGCCCGCCAUUGUUUCUCUCGAGAAUGAUCAGGGUACUACUGUGUACGUUUCUUGGAAUGGAGAUACGGAAACCAAGGUCUGGCGCUUUUACCAAGUUACAGAUGAAUAUGGCUCACGACAAUACCUUGGUGAAACCAAACGUACUGGUUUCGAGACUUCAUUUGCCCUCAAAGCUGGCACUGUUCAUACGGUGGCUGCUGAAGCUAUCGGAGUUAAUGGUCGUGUCCUGACUUCCACCGGUAUUGUAAAGACACAGGCUGAGAUCUUGCCUCCCGUCAAAGGAGCAGAGGCGCCGUCGUCCAUUUCGCUUUCGGAUAAGAUGCAGCAGCCUCAGGUCUACUUGGGUCAAACCAGUCGCUGGGAGGAGCACAUGAUCCUGAAGGUCGAUCGCUUUCAUCUGGAUUAGACUCGCGCUCCAUAACGUUCCCUUGAGUCACUCUUCGGGAACAUGAUUCUCCACCCGCCAUACAUCAUAGUCCUUGCUGUCCGAUAAGGCAUACUUAUGCUUCCAGUACCUAGUUGCUGUCCAAUAGGUAUACAAAACAGCUUUACUAUGAAACAUAUUGUUUAUCAAGUAGAAUCAGUAAUAGAGUCUUCGGCAGACCCCGCAAACAACUCCCAUCCCAAGCACGCCCCAAGAAUCAGAAAUAGGCUGUCAAGGGGCCAGGUACUUGCUUCUAAAAAUUGCAACUAGCCAUAAAACACAAAGGCGAGAGUAAGUCCCCGCCUGAUGUUCAC